CCUAUUGAGUUACACUCAGACACACAAAUGUCGGCCAAGUUCCUAGUAGGAUCUCUUGCCCUCGUCCUCUUGACGGCCACCGGGUUGACAUUCGCCUCCGACGAGGUCGACAACGUCAUGUCCCGGCUGAUGCUUUCGCACCAGAACAACAUCCUUUCCCCUCUGGCUCAAAGUGGAAUUUCAUCCAGCGGCAGGGCCACGCCCUCAUACGCCGAAUGCGGAGUGGCCAACGAAAUGGCGACAAGCAAAAUCAUCGGUGGAGGAGAAACGGCACCCAACGAGUUUCCCUGGCAAGCGAUCCUCCUAGUGGUCAAAAGCAACAACGAAACAAAUUCCUGCGGAGGUAGUCUGAUUGCCGAUCGAUGGAUUCUGACAUCCGCCAGCUGCCUGGAAGUGCCACCAGGGCAAAAUUUAACGGUGGUAUAUGUUUAUCUGGGAGCGCACAACAUCAGUACCCCAUCGGAAGCGAAUCGCAAAGAUACUGGGGAAUCGAAACCUUCAUCCAUCCCAACUGGAAUCCUACCACCAAGGCCGGAGACAUUGCCCUGGUCAAACUCUCAACCGUCGUCGAGUACACUAAGUACAUCCAUCCCAUCUGCCUGCCAAAUCCAGCAUCCGAACCUGAUUACGCCAACCAAAACGUCACCGUUACAGGAUUCGCUGUUGUACAGCUUGAUGAUAAUGAUCCGAGCGUCAUACUUUACAAAAUGAACGUCACUGUCGCAUCGAAUAGCGAUUGCAACGCCACCUUAAACAACAUCAUGACCGAUCAAAUGAUGUGCACAAGAGGAGCUGCCGAUAGCGGAAUUUGCACGGUCGAUGAAGGCAACCCGAUGAUGGUCAAACAGGCGGACGGCAGGUACAAGCAAAUCGGGAUCGUUUUAAUACUUGCGCCCUAUACAGAGUGCCAAUUUGGCUUACCAUUCACCUACACCAGACUGAGCUCUUAUUCGUCUUGGGUCAACAACAUUACGUCACCUUCGACCACUAUCGCGUCUACUACACCAACGACACCGACUACUUCUACAAGCCCAUCUUCUUCGGCAACCAUUCAAACGUCACCCGCCAUUUUGUUGCUCGUUUCAUUGAUCAGUUUUUCGAUGAAUUUCUAAAUCUGUUUCCCACCCAACUCCUGCAUUGCUAAUUCUGGCGUUUCGUCUAACAAAGAAUUGAUUUUCCCCCAUCAAAAAGAUGGAGAAUAAUAAAUGGUAUUCGAUUUGAAUCAAUA